AUGGGCAAAUUCAAGAAUCAAACAAAAAAUAUUCGCAAAAGGGGAGUUGCAACAAGUCAAAGUAAAAGGAAGCAAAUGAAAAGAGAGGUGAAAACGAAGAAUGCGACACAAAUGGAAGAGGGAACGGAUGCUGCUGCUGAAACACCAGUUGUUAGAGGAUUGUCUGUGGCAAAUCAGGUUGGUUUUUUUAUUUAAAGGUUAUGAUUUAUAGCUCCGAAAUUCCCCAAAUUAGAAACCAUCAAAAAUUCAUUUUCACAAUUCACAAGGUUAAGUUCCGUUGUCUGACCAAUAUUUCAGAAAAAUUGAAGUUUUUCAGUGAUACAAAAACUACAAAUUGUUUAGCAAAAUUCAAAAACCCCGUCAUUUUUCAGAAAGCUUUGGCCGCUGGAGAAUUCGAUUUGAAAAAAUUGCCAAAAGUCAACGAGAAGAAAUUGUUCCGAAAAUUCCAACUUCCAGUCAGAGAAGGUCAUAAAGUUUUGGAUGCUCCAUCAGGUAAAAAAGGAACAACUGCACAGUAUAUUACGAAAAAAAAGGCAAAGAAAAUGUAUAAGGUUGGUUUUUUUUAUUCAGUAAGCUAUUUUUUUGUUGAUAAAUUGUUGAAUUUUUCCAGAGAAUGACACAGGAUGCCAGAGAAACAUUCAAGAAAAUGCAAGCGGAAGGAGUUGAUAUUGCUGUUGAAGAAGGAGAUGAAGAAAUGGAGGAUUGA